AUGACUUCUCAACGACUCUCGAGCAGCGAAAACAUCUUGUCUGAAAAGACUGAUGUUUGUAUCGCUAAUGCUAUCGUUAAAACCGGGAUGGGGUUCGGCGCAGGCGUGAUCGUGAGUGUGAUCGCAUUCAAAAGACGGGCGUUCCCGGUAUGGAUCGGGAUCGGAUCGGGGCUAGGCACGGCAUACUCGGACUGUCAACGCACAUUCAACCCGGUCCAUCUGCCGGGCUACCGGUUCUUAGACUCCCCUCCCGCAUCUUCCUCCGCCCAAAAUUCCGCUUCGUGUCCUCUUCCUUCUCCUCCAAAAGAUGCCUCUCAUAAAUCUUCUCAACGAAUGUUAUAA